GCUUGUACAAGACUUUAAUACAUCUCUCCAGUGUGCAUACACCAUUAAUUACCAUACAACAUGCCCCUCCCACGAAUGAUGAUCCGCAACACAAUCACAAACUCGAUUACAACAUCCGAGAGACAGGUGCGCCCCUCCGGCGCCCUCCCCUCCCGCCUGCGCCACACAAACCCCGCUCUUAUGUACGCCAACGUCACCCCUCCCCACCCCCACUUCCUCUGACCUUCCUCUUUGCACUACGGAUCUCCCCCUUCCAUCCUCCCUCGUCCUCCUCCACACGCAAAAGGUAAAUACGCGCGUCCUUUGAUGAAUGCGACACAAAGGGGGAAAAAUGCCCUAUGCCAAAAGGCGGUCAAAGCCACAUGGCGCGCUCUUGGUCCCAUGUCAAGCGCUUUGAUAAGCCUUUCCUGUUGGUACUUCAGGCCUUAUCUACUUUUUCGAUGGCGCCCAACAGGAUGCCCUGCAAUAGACACGUUGCCUUCUUUCCCACAGAUUAUAAAAAUACCACCAAGUAUUUCGCCGUGGCAUAAACGGUGGAUCAAAAACUUUAUAAACGACGAUAAACAGCAUGACCGGUUGCUUCGACGAACUGCAGAUUAUACCUUCCAUUGUUGAGUGCCACCUCCCGAGCGACCCCCUGCUGCACCCCGUGGCCCCCUACCGGCGUAAAAUCAUCAACCUGAACCGCAUGUACGACGUCUCACAGACCUUCAGGCUGGUCUACUACGGCUCCAACUACAACAGCGGCUGUGAGCUGAAGUCCGGCGUGCUCUACUACGUCCAGCGCCACAACAAAACCACCUUCACCUACAACCACCUGGAGGACGGCAAGGGCGUCACCUCGCUGUGUCCCGGUCAGAGGAUAUGGCUGGGGACCGAGUCCUACGGCUUCGUCUCCUGCGGGGAAGAGCACCAGGCGACGGCAGCAGCUCGGACGUGGUGGUCAGAGGUGCCUCUGUCGUACAUGUCCAUCAUCGCCAUCAGCGUCGCCUCCGCCUUCACGUUUGUAACCUUCGUGGCCGUUAUCAUAUGCCUGCUGCGGCGUCGGCACGUGAAGGGCAAGGCCAGUCUUCCUCAGGUGGAUAUGUACUGAGCUCCGAGUGAGAUUCAAUGAGACAUCAGGAGCUUGUAAUCAGGCGAAGGCAAGGAUCAAGGAUUCUGAGAGGAGGUUGGAGGUCAAGAAAAGGCUCAAGUAUUCUUACAGAACUCGAAGACAAAGCUCAAGGAUUCUGAGUGGAGGCGAAGACAAGGGUCAAGAAUUCUAUAAAAGCGAAGACAACGACCGCGGUUUCCAGUAGAUGACAUGGGCAAACCUCAAGAUUUAAAGGAUUCUAAGAGAAAACAAAAAUAAAGCUAACGAUUUUAAGAGGAGAUUAGCACAACGUACCUUCAAAGCUGCUAUGGGGACAGUGCCAGAAGACGCUGAGGACUGGCCAAGUGCUUGAAUAGAUGUACAUAAUUUAAUCGUGCCGUGACAGUGUGCAGUGAUUUCGAGAGAUUUUGGGAGGCUAGCCCACGCAAGUGCGUUUUUUUCUUGCUUCCGCGUGUGAUAAUUCUGAUUCGAUAGACUAUGAGCGAUCCAGGGAGCAGUAUCGUCUAUUUGCAUUAUGUUAAUUGCAAGAGAAAAGUGCCACAGGAAAAGUUGUGAUACAAAGUGAUAUUCCAUUAUUGUUAUUAUUCUUUUAAUAUUCAUUAUUUUCCCUCGUCCUCUUUGUACAAUUCAUAUGUUCUUCCCUUAUGUUAUUCUGAAUUACCAUAAUUUAUUUAAUAAAUUCAAAGAAAUA